GACUACAGCGAAUGCAUUUGUACCCACUGUGGAAUCAAAGGGCACACAGUAAAGCGAUGCCACUUCAGGAAACUUGACGGGCGCGAUUGACUCAUAACAUCAAACAUAGAUGGCGAGAUGUUUGACAGAACAGGAAGGCCGAUCGAUCCUGAGAUUCGGGGAGGCACUAGAGAAGAGGCCCUUCGCAUAGCCGCGCUGGGUCCCAACGCGCCGGGAGUGUUCAGAAUGUGGCAAGAAAAGGGAGGACCAGAAGAAAAAAUGAACCGGAUGGGGAUCGAAGGAAGCAAGGAAGACGUACCCCUCGUGGAAGAAGAAGCAGAAGAGGAUGACGUUAGGAUUACCGUUAGGGACACGUUUGAUAGGAUGGAGGAUCUGGUGAAUAAAAUGCAAAGGCUGCAAUUAAGACUUCAAGGGAUAUGUGAAGAAGCGGGGAAAGAAGGGGUUGGGUGCCCGAAAGUAUUUACCAUGGGACGUGGAGGAUCGGGAGAUGGGCCAAAUGAGCCCAACCCAAGAAUGUUGAGGGCCAACAUGGCCGCAAAGAUCAGUGGGGGUCAAAGAAGCGUAAGAGGAACAAUUCCGUUCGCUACAAGAAGACCCGCAGGAGGGAAUCCUCAAAAGGAACAAGCCCAGGCUUCCCAGCCAGCAGAAGAAGAACCACCUAUCACGGUAAAGGGUGAUGAGGAUGAGGAUGAGAAGAUUAGGGAGGAAGAAGAAAGGCAGGCGAAGAUAAGGGCUAAGAGAAGGAAAGGCGAAGCUAAGGAAGGAAGAUCAAAACGGGAUAUGGCACCAAGCAAGAAGAGAAAGUACCAAACCUCGAUCGAAGAAGGGGUGGAUCUGGAAGGCCUGGUGAAUAAACUACUGGAGGGGCACAAUGAACUAUUAAACCUGAAAGAAAUCCUCGCUUCAGCUCCUAAGUUCAGAGAGAUGGUGAAGGCUAGGUUAUCACGCCGGAGAGUAGCCUCGGUCCGGAUGGGGGAUUUGAUUCCCAAAGAGGCAAACUGGAGCGUGGCAGGGAGUAAAAUGGACUGGAAAUUCGUAGGCACAGGGUCCAUUGAUGUUAUGAUAAAGGGAAAGAUGUGUCCUGGGAUGGUUGAUACCGGGGCAGAAAUGAAUAUUGUAAAUGGAGAAACCACGGUAAAAUUAGGGUUGGAGGUGAAUGAGAAUGAUUGCGGGUUUCUCAACGAAGCCAGCGGCAAGACCGGAUACACCGGUGUCGCAUCAAAUGUGGUCAUAGAAAUAGGAAGAGUCAAGCGAAUGAGGGAAGGCAUCCAGAACGGGCCUUGUCGUAUCAACGAUGAGACUGAGAAAAAACUGAUAAUAGGGGAACCUGGCUUUCUGACAAGGCAAGAGGAGGACUUGGUAAAAGAACUGAUACGUGAAAAACAUGGGGCAUAUGCCUUCAACGAUGAUCAACGUGGGAGGCUGGAUGUAGACAAGAUAGAAAUGAUCCGCAUUCAUACUGCACCUCAUGAGCCAUGGAAUGCCCGAGGGGCUAAGUAUCCCAACCCUGAGGAUCGCAGAAGGGUGGUAGAAUACCAAAAUGGGAAGAUCCGCACGGAUGUGGCAGGGUACUCUAGUGGACCAUAUGCCUCUCCCUGGUUCUGUUUUGUAAAGCCAAAUGGAGUUCUCAGAUGGGUGAAAGACCUCCAACGACUGAACGCGGUAACUGUAAGGGAUGCGGGGGGUCUGCCCGAUGCAGACCAGUUAUCAGAAGCUUGUGCAGCCAGGCAAGAUCAGAGAAAGAAGGAAAGACUGCAAAAGAAGGGGCUAUGGAUUGGAAGAGAAGUGACUGAGCCACAGGGGAAUGAGGAAGAGAAUGAAGAAGAGGAUAAUGUACCUCUGAAGAAGUUGAAGAACAAGGCGAGGGUCUCCCCCAAGAGCAGCAGCAAGGAAUCUGAGCGGGCUGAGGGAGAUGAACAGGAAGAGGAGGAGGCAGCAGAGGACAGAAGAAGAAGCAUGGGGACCAGUAUGGUACCAAGGAAGAAGAAACUUGGAAAGAAAAGGGCGAUUGAGAGUGGAAGGAAAGAGGUACAAGAAAGAGUGAGUGAAGAGGGGGAAGGAGUAGAAGAAGUUGAAGAGGGAAAGAAGGUUCAGGGAGGAGGCAAGGCUCCUAAAUUCAAGAGAACUAAGGAAAAGAGGCCGAUUGGGGACAAGGAAGAGACAAGUGAGAUAGGAAAGAAGGAAGAUGAGAAGGAUGGUCAGGUGGAGAAGUUGAUGAGGGAUAUGGAAGAAAUGAGGAAGGAAGUGAGGGAAUUGAAAAAAGAGAAGGAGGAAUUGCAAAAAGAAAUGAGCCAAUUGAGGGUCACCCUGAAUGUGUGGAGCAGAGAACUGGAAGAGGAAGUGGCCACAAGAGGAAAGAUUGAAAUAAGGGUGGGUGGUCUGGUUUCUGAGGUCAGUGUGCUAGGGCAAGACUUGGACAAUGAAAUCUCAGAAAGGAAGAAGUUGGGACGAGAGUGGGAGAAAAGAUGGGGAGAGAUAUUGAAAGGAAUAGAGGGACUCAGAUUGAGCGAACAGGGGAAAGAGAAGAAAGCCACAAAAAUGGUGGGAAGAAAAUGGGGUGAAGAAAAGGGGGUACAAACUGAGGGGAAGAGAGAAGAGUCUCCUGCACCCGAUAGGGAAGUAAGUGAGAGUGUGGCUAUGCCUCUGCCAGGACAAGGUAAAAGGCAAAGGGAGUCCCAGUUGGACUCACCAAAGGUGGCUGAAGAUCAGGCUGAGACUUCUAUCCAGCCAGACAUAAGUCUUCCCUGCGCUAAUGUAUCUAUGAGAAUGCAAGUUGCGUGGCUAAAUGCUAUUCGCACCGUUGGUCCAUUCAGUCCUUUUCGCCACACUACAGAUCCUCGACUACUACGUGCAUCACGUAUGUGCAUGCACAUUGCUUGACGAAGAUUAUAUUCGCACCGCACAGCCAAUUUAACCCUCUUCAUCACAUCACGAGUCUUUGGGUAAUAUGUACAUCGCCCCUGGCAUGCAACAGACAAACAAUAAAAGAAGAUGGAGAAGGAGAAAUGGGAGAGAGGAGAGAGAGAGAGGGGGAGAGAUGACGACGCGAUAAUGAUGAUGUGAGUUGGGGUUGCAUUACGAUAUCGGUUGUUCGGAUAAAUUGGUACACCCGCU